CCUGUUAGGAAGACGUCACGAAGCCUAAUUAAUAUUAAUGAUGUUUGGUCACGUGACGGAUCUCCCACCUGUCAUUCCAGAACUCAAACACAGGCGCAUCUGAUGUCUACAUGAAUUUCUGCCAGAAUGAUAUGUUAAUUUCUGUUUUUAUUGGUUUAGUUGUUAUUCUGAAAUGACUCGCACAUUAGUUUAACAGGAGAUCAGUGGCAUUUGCGUCUCUUGAAGACACUUGAUUUUGUUGUUAAGCUAUGGGUUCUGUGCUGAGGACCAGUUGGGUUUCUUGCCUUUGCAACUGUGCAGCAUGUCUACGGUGUCGAUGUUGCCCACAGAUCAAGAACUCCAUUGUGACCCGAAUCAUGUAUGCCUUCAUCCUUCUGCUCGGCACCAUCAUUGCCUGUGUGAUGCUGUCGCCUGGUGUUGAACAACAACUUAAAAGAAUCCCUGGUUUUUGUAAUGGAGGAACAGGCUCCAGUAUACCGGGAAUUGAGGCCAAUGUCCAAUGUGAGAUUUUUGUUGGUUAUAAGGCUGUGUACCGGGUUUGCUGUGGCAUGAGUUUCUUCUUUCUCACCUUCUCUCUGCUCAUGAUCAAUGUGAAGAACAGCCGAGGUCCCAGAGCUGCAAUCCACAAUGGGUUCUGGUUUUUCAAGAUUGCAGUCAUGAUUGCCGUCACUGUUGGUGCCUUUUAUAUUCCAGACGAGCCUUUUACCCGAAUGUGGUUUAUUGUGGGAACCUGUGGAGCGUUUUGCUUUAUUCUGAUUCAACUGGUUUUGCUUAUUGACUUUGCCCACUCGUGGAAUGAGUCCUGGGUUGAUAAAAUGGAAAAAGAAAACACAAAGAGGUGGUAUAUAGCUUUGCUGUCGGUAACAGGACUGAACUAUAUUCUGUCCUUCACGGCUGCCGUUCUCUGCUAUAACAUCUACACUCGGCCCGAGGGAUGCGUGCUCAACAAGUUCUUCAUCACCUUCAACAUGUCAAUAUGUGUCACAGCUUCAGCUCUGUCUGUCCUGCCCAGAAUUCAGGAUUACCAGCCCAGAUCUGGUCUUCUCCAGUCAUCGAUCAUGACUUUGUACACUAUGUACCUUACCUGGUCAGCCAUGACCAAUGAACCAGACCGCACAUGCAACCCGAAUCUGUUCAGCAUCUUCCAGCAGAUCACGUCGUCCACAGUCGCCCCGCUGGAGAUUGAGAACCAGACUGCCGUCAUCAUCAUCGACACCGAGGAAACUGUGCCGUCGGCCCCAUACCUGCGGUGGUGGGACGCUCAAAGCAUCGUCGGACUGGCCAUUUUUGUUCUCUGCAUUUUGUAUUCAAGUAUACGCUCUUCCAAUACCAGUCAAGUUAAUAAACUGACCCUAGCAGCUAAAGACACCAGCGUCGUGGAUGAUAGCGGCUCAGGGCGUCCUGAGAUAGAAAAGGCUUCAACACCAUUACAUGUGGAGGACAAUGAAAGAGACACUGUUCAGUACAGCUACGCUUUCUUUCACUUCAUGCUGUUCCUGGCGUCUCUUUACAUCAUGAUGACCCUCACCAACUGGUACAGUCCUGAUGCAGACUACAGUGCCAUGAGGAGCACGUGGCCAGCCGUGUGGGUGAGAAUCUCCUCCAGUUGGGUCUGUCUCACAUUAUACACCUGGACUCUGGUUGCUCCUAUGAUUCUCACCAACAGAGACUUCACCUAGAGGCAUUUCUGCAGCAAUGUCCUGCAACC